AGUACAGAAAAUAUUUCUGGUUACUCUGUCAAUGAGCGCACGGGAUACGUUUUAUCGUUGAUUUAUCACAGUAUUAAUCUAUCAUAUAGCGCUUAGUGCACAGUGUACGAGCAAUUUUAUCUCGGACGUUCGUAUGCAUGACAUUUUGCCAUCCACUGACAUUAUCGUCACACAAAAUGAUGCCAUUGGAUCGUAUCCCUGAUCAAACCGGAUACUUGGUGUUAACAGAGGACGGUGCUGUCUUAACGUCCGGAGGAGACCUUGAAAAUGACGAGAGGGUGGCGAAUAUCAUUGUCGGCUUGGUUACUCUAACCAAUGGAAUUGAUCCCAAAGCUUUCCCCGCGCCCGAGGCCUUUGAAAAAAUAUCAAUCACGUAUAAGGAUCAUUGCUAUGUCAUAUGUCUCUCUAAUAAAAAGAUUCAUGUAGUAAAGAGGAAACUGCCACUGCCGACUGCAGCAAUUAUCGAGCAACAAUCUAUCGUCGAUGUUUAGAUCAAUGCUUAAUGCACAAGAAAAAAGAAGUUUAUCCUUCGUAAAUUUCAAUAUCUGAAACGAAUUCAAUUUCUUCAAUCGUUCUGAGAGAUUUAUCUACUGUUAUAUAUCUACAUAGAAAUAUAUGUCACUCUCUAAGGAUUAAGUUAGCGCUAUGUACUAUAUAGCUGUAGGGACAGUUAUGUACCUUUGUUAUGUGAUGUAAUGGCUUCUUUCAAUGAUUAGAAAAAAGAAACUCUUCCAACGUGUAACCUAAUGAAAAGUAUAUGACUAUGAUCACACGUGAAAUAUAUUUUUCAUCAAAA